AUGGCCACCGACGCUUCUGUUUCAAGCAUCAAACUCAUGAACCAGGAUCUUGUGAAACUAGAUCGUUUUGAUGGAACAAACUAUACCCGUUGGCAAGACAAAAUGACUUUUCUCCUGACUACUCUGAAAAUUCAAUACGUCUUGGAUCCUGACUUGGAGGAAAUUCCAGAACCCACUCCAGAUGACACCAAUGAAAUAAAAAAGGAGAGAAAGAAACGUAAGGAAGAUGAAUUGCUAUGCCGUGGACACAUUCUGAACACAUUAUCCGAUCGUCUCUAUGAUCUCUACACUGAUACCGCAUCUGCAAAGGAAAUCUGGAAGGCACUUGAAUUCAAAUUUAAAGCCGAAGAAGAAGGUACGAAAAAGUUCUUAAUAUCUAAAUACUUUGACUUUAAAAUGUUGGAUUCGAAGCCUAUUCUUGCACAAGUACACGAGUUACAGGUUCUCGUGAAUAAAAUAAAGGCCGUAAAAAUUGAUGUCCCUGAGGCUUGCCAAGUCGGUGCAAUAAUAGCAAAAUUGCCACCUUCAUGGAAAGGAUACAGAAAGAAAUUGCUGCAUAGUUCCGAGGAUCUCUCGUUGGAGAAACUUCAGAAACACCUUCGAAUCGAGGAAGAAACGAAGGAUCGUGAAAAGACCGAGUCCGCUGGAUUUGCAAAGGCAAAUGCUGUUGCUGCAAAGGGAAAGAAAAAGUAUGAUGGCACAAAAAACCAUCUUGGUCCAAAGAAAGAUCAUAACAAGUUCAAAAACUCUGGCGGACAAAAGGGUACUAAAAAUGGAUGA